AUGGAUCCAAUGAGGACAUCGAAACUUCGAUACUCCUGGAAUUUCCUUAACGGGCUACUUUUCCAACCAACAGUGGCUGGGGAUGUGCUCAAGGCUGAUAUAAGGUACAUACUGGUGCAGCGCGACAAUGGUCGACAGUACUAUGUUAAUGCUGUAAGGGAAGCUUCUACGGUUAUAUGCAUAUCAAUAGCAUUAGCCAUCAUUGAUUGGAAGAGAUUCCUCCUCUACUUUUAUAUCCCCCACUUCUUCGCUCAAUGGGCUAUAGUAGGGAUGAAUAUGCUACAGCAUGAUGGCUGUGACACAGUCGACUACUAUGAGCAACGAAAAAAUUAUAAUGCAUCACGUAAUUUCGUAGGAUCAUGGCUGAACUAUCUCACCUUUAAUAACGGCUACCAUUCUAUACAUCAUUUAUAUCCCAAGAUGCACUGGUCUAGGUUACCUAUGGAGCAUAAUAAACAAAUAAAGCCACAUAUCCACCCACAACUAGAUCAGCAAAAUAUCGGGGCAUACAUUUUCCGUGCCUUCAUCUAUCCUGGAGUACGAUUGAGAUAUGAUGGCAAACCUGUUGAGAUAGACAGUACUAAGCCAGAGCCGGCCGAUGAAGAUUGGGUUACGCAGUAUUAUCCUAAGGGUAAGUCCUUCAAGGACUAUAACGUUACUAAGAUGGAUGUACUAGAUCAUAUUCAUGUACUCAUGGCUAUUGUCAAGCUUUUACCAUUUAAGAUCAUCUGCCCGACCUACUCCGCAGUAACUAAGGUCGAUUGA